ACAACUUCAAAGCUACCUUUCACCGAGGAAGGAUUCUUCGUUGAAAUCGUAAUCCUGUGCUUUCUUUCCUUCUUCAUUAAGGAUCUGUCUCUUUACAUCUCUGUAUAUAAGGAUCACACUCUCAGAUUACUUCGACAAAAUUGGAAAAAACAAACUGUCUGAUUACCGUUUUAAAGAAAAAUGCCUUCUCGCUGUGCGAUCUGCUGCGAAAUCCUCAUCGCAGUCUUGAUUCCUCCUUUGGCCGUCUGCCUCCGUUAUGGCUGUUGCAGCGUUGAGUUUUUCAUUGCUUUGGUGCUGACUAUCCUAGGUUAUUUUCCUGGAGUAAUUUAUGCUCUAUGCGUCAUCGUUUAUGUUAAUCGUGAUACCUACUUUGAUGAGUCGAGGCUUCCUCUCUACUCCCCGAUCUACAGUUAAAUCAGUGCCUUGUUCUUACUCUUUAUGCUGUAACGUCUGAAUUUGCAACUUAUUUUUAAACUUCUCUUAAUAAGAUGAAAUUUGCUUGGCAAGUUGGGGGAUAUCUUUUGCCAGUGCUGCUACUGGUUUUCCUUUUAUGUAUUUGAAUGUGAUAAUAAUUAAGUGUGCUCGGUUCUUGGGAUA